AAGAGAGUGACUUGCAUGACGCAUCUAUAUCUGGGGAUGAUCGGGUAGAACUCAGGGUUGUCAGGUGUCAAUUGGGGAAUGAUCGAUUAGGUGUUUGGGGUGCAAUAAAGAUAGCAUACAAUACGUUUCGCCGUGCCAGCUAUGAGGCUAUAUUUUCGUUAAGUCAGGCACUUGGGAUAAUUGUGCCGUCGGGUUGGAAGACCAUCAUCAGACCGAGAUAUUGUUCUCUCUUUGUCUGA